AUGGCGCUUCGCGCGGCGGAGCUCCGGCGACUCCUCCUCCUCCGCGGCAGGGCGGUCCUCCCGCUCCCGCUCGCGUCGCGCUGCCGGCCGGCGAGCACGGCCGCCCGUGACGACGAGGGAGCAGGGGGCAACGCCUACGACGUGCUUGGGGUGGGAAAGACGAGCUCCUCCGCGGAGAUCAAGGCCUCCUUCCACCGCCUCGCGAAGGAGACCCACCCCGACGUCGCUGCCGCCGCCGGUUCCCGCCGGUUCCUUCAGAUCCUCGCGGCCUACGAGAUCCUAUCCGAUUCGCAGCGAAGAGCUCAUUAUGACAGCUUCCUGCGCUCGCAGAGGCUAGUUAUACAGAAGCAUCCCAGGCCAUCGCAAUAUGUAUAUCCAUAUCCAUAUAGUUCAGGCAUUGUGAUGCCCAGAGAAAGUAAUGUUGUCGAGUGGCUUAAAUGGUACAGGCUCACUGUCGAUGACAUUGUUACAAAAAAGAGGAUUGCGACGGGUUCAGGUUAUUUCGAUAGACUUGAGAGUGAACUGUACUCUGCAGUCCAUGCUGCAUACUAUGGCCCCGAGGUUGAGUCCACGGAUCUCCUUCCUGAUUGCUUUGAAGCCGAGGAGAGGUCUGUGUAUGAGACACCUGAGCUAUUGCACCUUGUAUCUGGCCGUGACCUGCUUGGUAUUGUCAGUCUAGUGGAUAGCGUCCGAGAGCUGUCUGAUGCUUGUCGUGAGAAGCUGACACAUUCUGGUUCUGGAGCCUGCGGCUUUUGUCCAAAUGUUGCAGUAAAUGGGGAGAAAUGUUCAAUACCUAGGCAUGCAGAUAUUCACAAGCAAGAGAAUGAGGAUAGUGACAGUAUCCCAUCAGAUGCCUACAAGGACAUUGAAUUGCAGAUAUGUGGGAGAGUAGUAGCCACUGCAAAUAGGAGGCUCAAGUGCAAUUGCAUUGACAAUUCAGACAUGGAAGAUCACAUACAUGUUUUUCUUGUUCCAGAUGAGGUGGUUGCACCUGAUGUGACACAAGAGCAUCUCCUCCUUGGAACAAUCACUGGGUUGGACACCAGUGGAGAGGAAGGAUCUUGCUGUGUCUAUGAUGGCCAUGGAAUAAAGACCCAUGUAAUUGUUAAGCACAGGACACUGAUGGUUAAACACAUGCACUGGUAUCAAUUUGGAGAUGAAGUUUCACCCUGCGAGUGUCGAUGUAGCAGGGCUCGGUUGCCACCCAGCAGGUUUUGGCUUUUUGAGCCACGGUGUUACAUGCAUGACACUGGUGGUUGGUACAUCGAGACAUUUGGGAGAGACAAGAAAGGGAGGACAAUUCCAUCGCCGAGACAUUGGCAUGGUGUCAAUGAACAUUCUGAAAAGAGAUUGCAUCCAGCACUGUAUCUGGUGGCUCUGGCAUACAGAUCUUUAGAUCUUGAGGAUGCUCAAAGAAGAAAAUGGAGCUUUAGGAGUUUCCUAGAGCUGCAGUUGUCUCAUAUUCUUCAGUUAAGCAAAAAAAUCUUUAGUGGUAAAAAAGGAGUUGAUAUGGGAGCACCAUGA